GGUCGUUAUCGAUAGAGUCAGGUCAGAUCUAUUUUAAACGCGAGUCAUGUUAAACCGGGUUUGUUAUCAUGUAGUCUGAUCAAAUUGAAUCAGGUAUGUUUUUGACACCUUUAUCACGUCGUCGUGGUCAUAAACGCUGCUAGUUUGACAUAUUGCAACUCCCUCCUCAAUCCACAUCUAGUGCCAAACAACACCACAACAAUGGAGGAAGGGCAAGACUCAUGGACAUCAGUAGACAAGCUAUACCACAUCAUCUUCUGCUUCUCCCUCACACUCCUCUUCUCUCUCCUCAUCUCUCUCACUCAUUCCUCCUUCCUCCGAAGUCGCUCUCUCUUCUUCGCCGCUUCUCUCUCUCUCCUCGCCGGCGCCGCCAAAGAAGCCGCCGAUCACCUCGGCUUCUUCCGCUCCUCUGGCGCCUCCGCCAAAGACGCCGUCGCUGACGUCAUCGGCGUCGUCAUUGCUUGCUUCCUGCUUUCUCUCUCCAAAUUCUUCAAGCGGAAGUCCAAAAUUGAUGAUGAUGAUCCGAUUGCCGGUAUUGCGCUUGUUUGAAUCGAGUAUCACUUUCUCAGGUACUGUGGAUGGAAGUUACGUAACCGGUAUGGAUGUCUACAAUGACUUUUGGUCUGCUGAAGAGGUGCAAUUGGCCACCGUCUUUUAAGAUUUUCCCAUCAUGCAGGUUAGUUUGAACUAUUUCUUAUUUUCACUUGUUUUGUAAACCAUCAAAUGUUGCUUUUAGGAUAUUCACUUGCCUGUAAGGAGUAUUGCCUUUGUUGUUUUAUUUUUUCUUCCCUUUUUAUGUGUGUGUGUGUGUUUUGUUAAAUUUCUAUUGGGUCCUUGUUCUUUGUAGUUAGUUGUAUAGAGAGCUUUUUUUUUCUUCUCCCUGUAUUAUUGUUUUGGGGAUUGAUUAGUUGGUUAAUGCAUUGUUCUUUAUCCUUUGGGAUGGGGUCGACACGGAUGCAUCAUUCUUGUGCGGAUGUUUUGAAGGGGGUCAUGG